UAUAAAAUGUAAUGUUUUGAAAAGAUGUGCCCCGCCGAGUUUCUUGCCGGUCCUUAUUGGGAUACCCUUCUCCAAUUGAGGGGGAUUUAAAUCUUCUCAGGUCAGAGGUGUAGGGUUAGAGCCGGUGUAGCUUUAUUUGACGUUCAUAAGCGCAUUGUAAUAUGCCUACUUGAAUAAUAAUAGUACAUUACGAUACAAGUGCGAAAAAUAGGAAAUUCGAAACGAGUGGCGAUAAAUUUAAACACGACCGAAGGGAGUGUUUUAAAUCAACACGAGUUGCGAAUUACCUAUUCGCACAUGUAUCGUACAACGUUUUACAGUACAUAUGGCCCUUUAAAUGUUGGACACUGUAAGGCAUUAAGUCCGCCAUUUUUAUUAUUCAAUAAAGAUUAAAUAAAUAAAUAGUCUCUGGGCAACGGUAUCAAAAAGAUAAAACCUUUUUAGACCAGAAUUUCUCUGUUUUUAUUGUAUUGUUUACGUCAUUUGUCAUCAGUCAAAGUCGGCCUAAGACUGCGUUACGAAAUUCACCGCAACACAAUAAAUCAUAACAUAUCAUAGGAAAUGUUAAAAUUACUUGUGAAUGAUUGGUGCCUUAAUUAAAGUUUUCGUGGUCCCGACAUAAAGACGGAAAACUAGACAGCGAAGGUACGCGCAUUUCUAGAAACGGGGGUGAUGAGUGAGCGAGGCGCGCGGCGCGGCGCCGGCGGCGCUCCGUUCUACGCGCCGCCGCGGCGGAAGACAUCCGCCGAGAUCAUCAGCGAAGCGCGGGCGGCGCUCUACGGAGACAUGAACGGAGCGUCGAGCAGCGCGGGCAGCGGCGGCGAGCUCCGCCCGCUGCGUACUCGCCGCCCGUUCACACCGAGAGAACCACAGCGCGUAUUGUUUGGAGAACGGGCACGGAGAGAUCCACGCCCGCCUAGUGCGUUCGAUCUCAAAUACCUGAGCCUGUGUGAAAGCAGCGAGGAUGCUCGCGUCGCCGGCCUCGAGGAGGAGAUCAACAACGCUCUGCAUCCCGAAAUGCAGAACAUCAGGAAGAAGGCCGUCCGUCAGAUGGCUCAUCAGACUGUAGAAAGAGCUGGCGAAGGUUGGAGCGCGUUUCCGAAGCUUCCACACCUCAGCGGGAAAAGCAAGCCUCUGCAUCGCAGGAACACCACAGGGCAAACCACGCCUGAUGGAUCGAAAAACGAAGUAGACUUGGCCAAUGUCAUAUCGGUAACACGUCCUCUGGGAAGUGAAAGUGGUGACGACUUUAAUACGGAACUCAACAGUAAAUCUCUGAGUCCAGAUCCCGGGACACGUCGCAAGCAAUUUGCGACGACAAAGUCACAGUCGUACGACGUCGGAGGUGGAUACCCGCUGGGGAGCAUACCCGUCAAACAUCUUGCAGUUCAACUCCCAAAUACUUCAACAUCUUUAAACCUGGAGAAUAUGACAGUGUUAGAGCUCGCCGAGGCUCUCUCCCAGCGCAGUCGCGAUGUCGAACGAACAGUGCUGCUGAUGGAGGCGCUUCAGAACUGCCUCGAGAAGUCCAUGCCGGCUACCAGUCUCAGAGAUAUGGUGCUGCGUUCGUUCUACACUCACAUAGAUAGUGAUGAUGAGAGGGUGCUGGUCGCUAUAGCGAGGGCUAUGCUUACGAUGAGAGUCACGGGAGCCCAUUUAGCGGCCGCUUGCAAACUGGUCUUUAAGAUUGCAAGAAAUGACAAGAAUGACCACUUCUUCAGAAAUACUAAUUUGUUAGAGCUGCUAGUGGAAGGCUGCGGGCGCGCCGACCCGCUAUCGGAAGGCGAAUGUUGCGUCUACGGAGCAGGGGCGUUACGUUUCCUUGCGCUGGAGCCGCGACUGUGCGCCCUCGCUCACCGCGCCGGCGCACUGCAUCUGGCCGCGUUGCAUUUGAAAAUAUUGAACAAUGCUAAAGCCGAAAAUCCCCGAGGCGUGUCAGAGCAGUCCACACAUGCGCUCUACCAACUGACGGGCGCGCUACGAAACUUGGCGAGUGGCGAGCGCGCGGCGCGAGCAUUCGUGUCGAGCGGCGCGCUCGGUGAGCUGCUCGCCGCGCUUGCGCAUCAUACCGACCGCGCUGUGCUCACUAACGUUGCGCGGUGUCUUAGUGUCCUUUCAGCCAACGAGUCGUGCUGCCUCUGGCUAUGCGGGGCUCCAUCAAGCGCGGGCGCACUGCUCCGCGCGCUGGCGGCGUGCGCGGCGCGGGCGCCGCUCGCGGUGCGCCUGGCGUACGUGCUCGGCAAUAUGGCCGCCGCUACUGACCAGGCCAGGCUGAAUAUUUAUAACGAAGAGGGCGGAGUGGACGUUUUACUGACAAUCCUGGAGUCGUAUACGAAAAGGAACAACGACCACGAAGUUAGAGACUCGGAGAGCGAUCCCGAUAUGCAUUUAGUAGGCACAGACAUGGGUGGUUCUGAUGGCUCUAACGAAGACGUACUCAUCAAGACAGUUCGAGUGGUAGCCAACUUGUGCCUUACUGAGCGCGCGGGACGUGGAUUGUGCGCCGCGCAUGCAGAGCGGACCGUGCGUGCGUUGCUUGGCUGCCUUGAACUUGCGGAGAAACCCCAUGAACCGAUGGACAAUCAAUCAGAGGAAGGUACGAUGGACCGUCGAGAAGAAUUAGCCACGGCAGCGCUGGCUACGCUCAACAACGUCACGUUUUACCGCGAGCCACCUGCGCCCCCCGAUCCUCUGGCUGAACCUCUGGACGACAUCUGCAAAGCAACGUGUAGAUGGCUGGGCGGCGGCGGUGGCGCGAACGCGGCGUGCGAGGCGGUGCGCGCGCUCGGCAACCUGUCGCGCUCGCAGCGCGCGGCGCAACUCAUCGUGCUCGAGGGCGUGCUGGACGCGCUGCCCGCCUUUCUGCAUCACGAGGAAGCCAGCGUCCGCUGCGCCGCCGCCGGCGUCCUCGUGAAUGUCUGCGGCGCGGGCUGCGAGGCGCGCGCGGCGGGGCAGGCCGCAGCGCGAGCGCUCAACGCCGCCGCGGCAGCGCGCGACGCGCCCGCGGCGGCGUUGCUGGCGCGCGCGCUGUGGAACGCACACGCUCAUUGCCCGCUCGCGCCCGCUAGUACUAAACAGGCUGCAGCGGCACUUGCGGCGUUUAUUGACGACGAAUCUGUGUUCGCUGCGUGCGAGGCGCCCGCGGCGGGCGAGCGGCGCGCCAGCGAUCCGGAAAUAAAACACCACGUGAAGUUCGACCUCGACAACAACAACUAUUCAAACAAAGAGUUCCAGCGGCCGAUGUUUGUCAAAGCACAUAGCGUCGAACACGAAUUGCAUCUCGAGGGCUGCUCGGAAGAGGACAGCGACCAUGCGCUUUCGGGGGAAGAUCUCGGGUUUGAGGAAGGAGACAUGCUGGUAGAAGACGGGUGCGAGUGCGGACCGUGCCGCAGGCUGGCGGCCUGGGAGGAGCUCGUGGGCGUCGCUCUCCCAUUGCUGGAGAAACUCAAACCGCCGCGGUCUGAUGCUUCUGUUGGCACCGACUAGUAAACCCGAUAACGAAGAUGGCAUUUUUUAUUAUAAAGAGGAGCCUUAUAUCGCCUGAUGGUUAGCAAUGGUCGCCCUUGGACACCCGCAACACCAGAGGGAGAGUGCAUUGUCUUUAAGAUGAGAGUACGCUCUAUUUUUGUAGCUUUGCAGGUCAUAACGGUCCGGAAAUCCGCAGGCGACGUUCAUCUCACAGUUUAGUAGUGUACAAAUACAAAUAAUUUAUUAUCAUAAGGCUUGUAUACAUGUGAGAGAUAUAUCCAUCAGACUCCAAACUAGGCUGAGCCUGUAUCUUGGCAGUCUGCGAGAGCGAUUGACAACUGACGAUUUUGAGCGAUUGACGAUUGUGUGAGGCAAAGUUUCUGAAGACACGCAAAGGUGUGGACUGCUAACUAUCUAAGUGGUUGGGAUGUCAAAAGGUGAAAUGAAUAUGAUUUCAAAUUGAAAAUGGCGGCCAAAAAGGUGCUGUCAUCGUCCGUUUAAAAAAUUGUUUCGCAGGCCUGGUCAAAAAUAAUCGAGAUGUGUGUAUUAGUGGGACUUUAAAGAUCUAAAGACUGUAAUUGUUUUAGCACUUUUUCUGUAUACAAAUAGCCAUUAUUUAUAUAUGUAUACGACAAUCUACGAGUAUCUAGGAAUUAUAGAACGUGGCUAUGGCUAGGUAUAUAGCUUUAAAUUUUUUAAAUGUAAAUCAAAAUAGCAAAACUUGUAUACUAUUAAGCAAGGUUUAGACUAGCAAGAGCUUGCAUGCAAUUUUCAUUACAUUGCGGUAUCUGAUGAGAUACGGAAGGUGGAAUGGAAUCACCAUAUACCAAAAAGUGUCAUCAAAAAACCUUAAAUAGGCGCUACAAUACCUAGAAUACUUGGAAAAAAAAUCAAAUCAUAGACAGCGCACUUCACUCCGUCAAUAACGCCUAGGUUUUUAGCUUCUCUAGCGCUACUCUGGAGAGAUUUGGAACUAUUAUUUAUAGCUGACCAAGUUCUGCCUAUGGAGAUUGCGUUCCUUAACUCUACCUUCCAUAUGAUGAGACUUUUGAAUGCAGUUUACUUAAGUAGUCGGCAAUGUAACUUUGAUUACAUGCAAGUUCCUAGUUUACGCCUCGCUUUAGGGCCAGAAGAAUUUGAUGAAAGAAAAUUAGUACCUAUAUAACAAGUUGUAGUGUUCUGAUAUUUGCGAUAUUUUCCUUAUCAUUCGUGUAAAAUAUUAUCCGUAUAUUUUACCAAUCUCAGUCUUUGUAUCCGUAUUUUUUAAUCACUAAAGUACUUGCUGUAAUUAUUUCUUCGUAAUCUUAAUUAAUUAUUCAUAUCGUUAAAUUUCCGCUUACUAGAAUUGUCUAAUAGUGUCAGUAGCAAACUGGUUACUUAAAUUAUUUAAAUACAUGUACAGUAUGCAUCAAAUGUAGUGGCUGUAGCACGGUUGAAUUUUUAUUACUUGCCACUGUGCCUGUCACUUUCGCACUUAUAUAAUUGUUAGAACGUGACAGGCAUAGUGACAAGAGAUAAGCAGGCUACGCGCCAAAAGUAUCUACUAGAUAAUCUUUAUCAAUACUAAAAUCUUUGUAAAUAUAAACUAUUGAUUCGUAAUUAUUUACAUGUACCAAAUGGAAAUCCGUCCGAUUGUUUUAUUAUACUUAUAAAUAAUUAUGAAAUAGGUACUGAAUUUGUAAAUAAAGUUAUUGGAACA